AUGACUGAUACCAACGCCCCCAAGGGUCUUUCGGCCAAAAUUCAAAACAAGCGCAAGAGGCAAGCCGACGAGGCUGCACCCCAGCAGGAAAAGCCCGAAGCCGCAGGUACACCCGCCGAGGGAACUACCAAAAAGAAGCAAAAGAAAAACAAGAACAAGAAGAAGCAGGCCGAUCAAGAUGGAGAGCAGUCCUCGCGCAAGGAUGGCAUUGACGAAUCAAUUGGCAAAAUGGACGGCCGGCUACUGGGCGAUCACUUUGCGCAAAAGGCCAAGCGACAUGAAAAAGAGCUGUCUGCUGUGGAAUUGAGCGAUCUAUCAGUCCCAGAUUCCGCAUUCCUCGAUACCUCCUCCUUCACCUCCACCAGAAAGCUCGAGCAGCUGCCAGAAUUCUUGAAGUCAUUCAGCCCUAAGGGCGCAGAUCUAUCUAAGGCGUCCGAGAAGAAUGGAACUCCUCACACACUUGUCAUCUCCGGCGCUGCCCUGCGAGCUGCCGAUGUUGUUCGAGCACUUCGAUCUUUCCAGACCAAGGAAAGUAUUGUUGGCAAACUUUUCGCCAAGCACAUCAAGUUGGAGGAGGCCAAACAGUUCCUUACACGCGCACGGUCUGGUAUUGGAGCCGGAACUCCUACCAGAGUGUCUGAUUUGAUUGAGUCUGGAACUCUCAAGUUGGACGAAUUGGAGCGCAUCGUCAUUGAUGGAUCGCACAUUGACCAGAAGCAGCGUGGAAUCUUCGAUAUGAAGGAAACGCACAUGCCUCUUCUGAAGCUGCUUACUCGGCCGGAACUGCGCGAUCGCUAUGGAGCAUCCAAGAAGGGCGUGAAGAUCCUGGUGUUUUGA